UUGUGUGAUCUGUCUGGAUCUACUGAAGGAUCCGGUGACUACUACCUGUGGACACAGCUACUGUAUGAGCUGUAUUAAAGGAUUCUGGGAUGGAGAGGAUCAGAGGAGGAUCUACAGCUGCCCUCAGUGCAGACAGACCUUCACACCGAGGCCUGUCCUGAAGAAAAACACCAUGUUAGCAGCUUUAGUGGAGCAGCUGAAGAAGACUGGACUCCAAGCUGCUCCUGCUGAUCACUGCUAUGCUGUACCUGAAAGGCAGAGAGAGCUCGAGGUGAGUCGACUAAACAUCCAGCAGAGAAUCCAGGACAGAGAGAAAGAAGUGAAGCUGCUUCAACAGGAGGUGGAGGCGGUCAGUCCCUCUGCUAAUAAAGCAGUGGAGGACAGUGAGAAGAUCUUCACUCGGCUGAAACGUCUCCUACAGAAAAGAAGCUCUGAUGUGAAGCAGCAGAUCAGAUCCCAGCAGGAAACUGAAGUGAGUCGAGUCAAAGAGCUUCAGGAGAAGCUGCAGCAGGAGAUCACUGAGCUGAAGAGGAAAGACGCUGAACUGAAGCAGCUCUCACACACAGAGGAUCACAACCAGUUUCUACACAACUACCCCUCAGUGUCACAACUCAGUGAACCUACAGACUCAUCCAGCAUCAAUAUCCGUCCUCUGAGAUACUUUGAGGAUGUGACAGCAGCUGUGUCAGAGCUCAGAGAUAAACUACAGGACAUCCUGAGGGACACAUGGACAAACAUCUCACUGGCAGUCACUGAAGUGGACGUUUUACUGCCAGAACCAGAACCAGAGCCCAAGACCAGAGCUGAGCUCUUAAAAUAUUUACGUGAAAUCACUCUGGAUCCUAACACAGCACACACUAAUCUGUUAUUAUCUGAGGGGAACAGAAAAGUAGAAGUAAUGAGACAACAACAGUCUUAUUCUAGUCACACAGACAGAUUCACUGAUCAGUCUCAGGUCCUGAGUAGAGAGAGUCUGACUGGACGUUGUUACUGGGAGGUGGAGUGGAGAGGAGGAGUUGAUGUUGCAGUCGCAUACAAGAAUAUCAGCAGAGCAGGACGUGAAUCUGUAUUUGGACAAAAUGACAAAUCUUGGUCUUUAUAUUGUGACACUGACUGUUAUCAAUUCAUGUUCAACAACAUUAAAACUCCCGUCUCAGGUCCUCGUUCCUCCAGAGUCGGAGUGUACCUGGAUCACAGAGCAGGUAUUCUGUCCUUCUACAGCGUCUCUAAAACCAUGACUCUCCUCCACAGAGUCCAGACCACAUUCACUCAGCCUCUCUAUGCUGGACUUUGUUUUUAUUUUGUUGGAUCCACAGCUGAGUUGUGUAAAGUGAAAAAGACAGAAGUCAUUCCAGACUUAAUGUGUCAGAUGUUGUAAUUCUUCAUGUUUUUGUCUCC